AUCAUAUGGAGACUAAGUGUGGGAACAAAGAGAUGAGAAUAGAAGACUUUGUUCCUUCUUCUUCUUUUUAGUUUUUAUGAAAGUAGACUUGUUCCUUUAUUUCCAAACGAAGUAUUAAUUAAAAAUAAUAAAAUCGGUAGGUAGAAAUAUUCGAAUGUAAAAUUAUCAAAUUGAUGCUCAAUCAAUUUGAUUUGGACAACGGUUUUACAGCACAUCAUAUGAGUUGUUUAUGUAAGUAAUCCCCAAUCGACUCAUUCCCAAACUUUGCUUGUAGUGUGUUCUAUGACUAGGCUUUUUUCAAUUCUAUUUUAUGAGUGUGUUUAGAAGCUAGAAAGAAAUGGAAAAGUUCACUUAUGUAACAAAAAACAACCUGUAAUAUGUAGAUAUAUAUAACUUAUAAAGUUGCCAAAUUAAAAUUUAACAUUAAAUAACACUCCUUUUUGUGUCCUUAACAAAGUCAACACCAUUUUUACAAAGAUACAACUAAGUCAUAGUACACCAUUUGGUUUGACUUUUGUACAUAGAAUGUGGAAGCGCACUUUAAUCAUUAACACCUUUUCUUAUGCCAAUUAGGCCAUCUCAAAAUUCUAUCAACCUCAUAAGCUUCCUCCUCUUCUUCUAAAUAAUUUUUUCCUUCAUCAUCAACACCUUUCUCUUCUUCCUCUAACUUUCUUCUUAGUUCAAACAUAUGCCACUAGUGAAUAUACCAACGUGUAUGAGUUAGGUAUCUGCAUAUAAUUGCUGAGUUUAAUCUUCCAAGCCGAGUAGGAUCAUGAGCGUUAAAACUCACACUUAGAGAGUUUUAAUGUUGUGACGAAGAAUUCAGACUCAAGAUUAGAAGUUAGGUUCAUAUUUCAUUCUGGCGCUCUGGCAACAAGAUUUGUUUUUAUGAAGAUAGUAACAAACAAGUUAUUAUAUGUCGUUUUCUUUUGACUUUUAUAUAUAGAAUUGUAGCAUACUUUGAUCAUUUGCCUCCUCAAGAAGGCCUAACAUAAUUUGAUCUUCUUAUUAGAUUCUAUUAGAAUUCUAUCAUUAAAUUCGCAUCAAUUUUCAUCACCUCUACACAAAUGCCUCAACCUCUUCUUCUACCUCCUUUUUCCUUCAUCAUCAACAUCUUUCUUUUCCUCUCACUCUUCUUCUUAAUCCCAAUACAUGUCAUUAGUGAUGGUGAAAGAUACAAAUCAUGUGCACCUUUUAGUUGUGGAAAUUUCACCAACAUUAGUUACCCAUUUUGGAGGGUUGACAAACAACCAAGUUAUUGUGGUCAUCCAAACUUCAAGCUUGAUUGUGAGAACUUGACUAUUGAUAUCAAGUCGCAAAAGUUUCGAAUCAUUGAUAUUAAUCAAACAUCUCAACUUUUGAGGAUUGCAAGGUCGGAUUUAUGGAGUUAUAAUGGUGAUUCUAUUGCUCCUUGUCCCAAGAAGUAUAUCAAUGUAACCUUAGAUUUGAAUUUCUUCGCCUACACUUCCAAUUAUGAGAAGUAUACGCUAUUGUAUGAGUGUGAUCCUCUUCCUUCUAAUUCGUACACAAUUGAAUCUCCUUUGAGGUCAGAACUUUCUCAAGUGAUUUCUUGCCUCAUAGAGGAUGAACCUCGUGAUGCAUACUUAGUCUCGGGAGCUAAAGUGGUUGAUUUCAAGGUUCUAAAGUGUAAGAAUAGUAUCACAACUCCGGGACUAAAAAGUUUAUUCAUAGAAGACUCGGAUAAUGUAGCAAAUGUUUUAGGUGAAGGAUUUGAGGUUGGAUGGAUUGGAGUGGAAGAAAACAUAUGUCGUGGUUGCAUGAAAUCCGGUGGGAGAUGUGGAUACAAUGUAUCGGAAAAUGCAAUUAUGUGUCUGUUGCCGGGGAAAUCCGCAGCACCAACAGACGGAGUAACUCCAUCACGAGCAUUACCACCUUAUGGUUCAAAUUCAAAGGAGUCUCGUGGCGCUUCCAGCCAAUCGUCGAAGAAGACUCUCAUUAUUGGUGUUGUUGUUUCUGCUAUGUUCGUAGUACUUGUACUGAUCAUCGGCAUAUAUUUCUAUAGGCGCAAAAAGAAUAUACGUUAUGCAAAGUCUUAUGUACAGUCUCGCAGCCUCUCUACUGAUCCAUCUUCAAAGGAUCUUGAGAGAGGAAGUCAAUACUUUGGUGGAAGUCAAAACCUUGGUGUGCAACAUUUCACUUAUACUGAGCUCGAAGAAGCCACAAACUACUUUGAUCCAACCAAAGAACUAGGAGAAGGGGGCUUUGGGACAGUGUAUUUUGGAAAACUGUAUGAUGGGCGAAGUGUUGCAGUGAAGAGGUUAUAUGAGAACAAUUACAAAAGAGUCGAGCAGUUCAUGAAUGAAGUUAAACUCUUGGCAGGAUUAGUCCAUCCAAAUCUUGUGUCUCUAUAUGGUUGCACUUCACGCCACAGCCGCGAACUUCUACUUGUCUACGAGUACGUUUCCAAUGGAACUGUCGCUGAUCAUCUCCAUGGUAAACAAACAAAACAUGGAAAGCUUUCUUGGCCGAUUAGAAUGAAUAUUGCCGUGGAGACAGCAAGUGCGCUAAAGUAUCUUCAUAUUUCUGACAUCAUUCACCGAGAUAUAAAAACCAAUAAUAUUCUUCUUGACGCUCACUUCCGCGUCAAAGUAGCAGAUUUUGGCCUCUCACGCCUUUUUCCAUAUGAUCAAACUCAUGUUUCAACCGCUCCACAAGGGACUCCGGGUUAUGUAGAUCCUGAUUACCAUCAAUGCUACCAACUUACCGAUAAAAGUGAUGUCUAUAGCUUUGGAGUCGUGAUGAUUGAGUUGAUAUCAUCUUUACCUGCUGUCGAUAUAACAAGACAUAGACAUGAAAUCAAUUUAGCCAACAUGGCUAUCAACAGAAUUCAAAAUCAAGCAUUGCAUGAAAUCGUCGAUCCUACCCUCAGUUACGAAUCAGAUCCCAAGGUAAAGAAAAUGAUAAAUGCUAUUGGUGAAUUAGCAUUUCAAUGUUUACAAAGUUCCAAAGAAUUGAGACCUUGCAUGGAUGAUGUGUUAGAAACUUUAUUGGAUAUUCAAAGUGAUGGUAAACAUAAAAGUAAACCUGAGGUAAUGGACAUUUCAAGCUUAGCUGAUGAUGUUGUUUUGUUGAAUCAUGAUCCACCUCCAUUAUCACCUGAUUCAAAUCUUGGUAGCAAUUAUACAACACCAAAUACUAGUGGUUAAAUGAGUUUUGUUUGAUAUGUUCUUUAAAAUUUCCAACACUUUAUCCAUACAUUUAUCAUAAUGUAUCAAAAUGGUAGCAUCCACCAAGUUGCAAUGAGAUAACUUUUGAAAUUGAGAUGUAUAUAUAGAUGGAUUAUAUAAACCUACCUUGGUUAUGGAUUAAUAUGUAUUUUUUGUACUAGUUACAAGUUUAGAUAAGAUUACUUUUUUGUGUCUUA